AUGGCGGCUGCCCAUAACCUCUGCACUUGGCCACAGUGUGACCAGCCAUGCGAAAAUUUCCCCACAUUUUUGCACCAUUUGGCGACGGUGCAUACGCUCGACGAGAGAUCCGCUCAGCAGUGUCGAGCUCAAAUCGAGAUAGUGGAUAACCUGGAACAUAGGCUUAACAGGGAACGUACUCGUCUGCAAGCUAUGAUGCAACAUUUACACAUGAAACAGUCACCUGAUACUACCACGCCAACCUUAGGCACGUUACAACAGUCGCAAGAUUCAGCAUCCAUUCCAUCACCAACACUUGCAGAGUCAAAAACUGAAUCCCUACCCGAUCAGCAGCAGACGAUCUCGGCAUUGUCAUUACCAAGUGUGUCAAACAUUGAAGGUUCACAACAGCAGCAGCAAGAGCAACAGCAACAGCAGCAGCAACAACAGCAACAACAUCAUCGUCUUACAACUCCAACACCGCGGCGGAAAAUCAACGACAAGGUUGUUUUACAUAUUUCAACCGAUAUUGCAAGGAAUCGCGAAUUUUAUCGGACACAUGAUGUACGCCCACCGUAUACAUACGCAUCUCUGAUACGCGAAGCGAUCAUGGAAUCAAAGGAUUGCCAAUUAACACUUAACGAAAUUUAUCAAUGGUUCACGGAAACGUUUGCAUAUUUUCGCAGGAACGCCGCAACUUGGAAGAAUGCAGUGAGGCACAACUUGUCAUUACAUAAAUGUUUUGCACGGGUUGAGCAGAAUGUGAAAGGUGCUGUAUGGACAGUGGAUGAUUCGGAAUUCUACCGACGGCGGCCUCAACGUGCACAUACGUCACGAAGUACGCCGUCAACACCGAAACCUGAUAAUCCAUUAAGUUUACUUUCCACAGCAGCUGCAGCAUCCGCGGCUAGUAUGAUGAUUGCAGCCAGCGAGCAUCCAGAAGCGGUGCUGCUUUGUGAUAUCAAGCAAGAAGUUUUAGCUGCCGAGAAUGUUACUCCCAGCUCGUUGCAGAUGUUCAUUAAGGAAGAAAAAUCCAGCCCGAAACUUGAUGUCAGCGAGGAAUCAUAG